AUGGCUCAUAUAAAGUGUUUUAAGGGGCAAUCAGUGGAUUCAGGAAGCAGUAGGAGCUUGGAGAAUACAAUAAAUAGUCUUGUUCCAAAGAUAAACACAAGCAACAAAAUGUCCACUUUAGCAAACCCACCCAGCAUCGUGGAAAUGCCACAAGAGAUUAAGAAAAGCUGUGGAGACAAACAGGUAGAAAUCACAGUUGAAAGAAUAAAAAUGGCAAAGUGUCUCAAAGGAAAACAAAGCAAUGAUUUAGAGAAAGUGGCCUUUAAACGGAAGGCAGAAGGUGACGAAAAGCCAGCUGGAAAGAAAGAGGCAAAGAUAAUAGAACUUGACAGUCUGUUGAUCACCAUGCCCCUGCCUCAUAUCCCCUUAAAGAAUGUCAUGGAUGUGGAGGUGAAGUUGGUCUACGUUGAUGAAGAGAACGUGAGCUAUGAGUUUGUAGAGUGCGACCCGUCCCCUGGGAAUCGGCCAACAUGCCGAGCUGCUGAAAUAGUGGACCCUUUGCGUGGACCUGAUUUCAGCGUUCUGCCUCAGAUUGACAAAUGGCUUCAGGUAGCCUUAAAGGAUGCCAGUUCUUGCUAUAGACAGAAGAAAUAUGCCGUGGCAGCAGGACAGUUCAGAACAGCACUGGAGCUUUGCAGCAAAGGGGCAGUUCUGGGAAAACCAUUUGAAGCAUCUGCUGAAGAUAUAGCUAGUGUGGCAAGUUUCAUUGAGACAAAGCUUGUUGCAUGCUAUCUGCGAAUGAGGAAACCUGACCUUGCCCUGAAUCAUGCACACAGGAGCAUUGUUUUAAACCCUGCCUAUUUCCGAAAUCAUCUUCGUCAGGCAACAGUGUUUAGAUGUCUGGAGAGAUAUUCAGAAGCUGCCCGGAGUGCCAUGAUUGCUGACUACAUGUUCUGGCUCUGUGGAGGAAGUGAACAUGGUGUAAGCAAGCUCAUCAAACUGUAUUGGCAGGCCAUGAUUGAAGAAGCCAUCACCAGAGCGGAAUCUUUCUCAGUUAUGUACACACCAUUUGCAACAAAAAUCAGAGCUGAUAAAAUAGAAAAAGUAAAAGAAGUUUUCACAAAAAUUCAUCCUGCAUACGUGGAGUAUAUCUACACAGACUUUCAAGGACUCCACGUGUUGCCUCAGACAGUUGACUGGUCAUCUUUUCCUCCGCAACAGUAUCUCUUGACUCUUGGGUUCAAAAACAAAGAAGAUGGAAAGUUUUUGGAAAAAGUGUCAAGUAGGAACUUACCAACAUUUACAGAACAUAAAACUCCCUUCAGUCUGCUGACCAAAGAAGACACAGUGAGACACAUGGAGACAAUGGGGAAGCGAAUCUUGCCAAUAUUGGAUUUUAUUAGAGGCACCCAACUGAAUGGGAGUUUUCGGGCAUGCUCGGGUGUAAUGGAGAAGUUGCAAUACGCCAGCCUUCUCAGCCGGCUGCAGAGAGUAAAGGAGCAGUCCCAGGUGAUCAAUCAAGCAAUGGCCGAGCUAGCAACCAUCCCCUAUCUGCAGGACAUCAGUCAACAGGAGGCGGGGUUGCUGCAGUCACUAAUGGCAGAUGCUAUGGACACCCUUGAAGGAAGAAGAAGUGAUAAAGAACGUGUGUGGAAUACAAUUCAAAAGGUUGGACGAAUUGAAGAUUUUCUAUACCAAUUAGAGGAUAGUUUCUUAAAAACUAAAAAACUGAGAACUGCUCGAAGGCAAAAAACAAAAAUGAAGCGGCUUCAAACUGUACAGCAAAGCUAG